GGGCUGUAAGGGAAAAUCAUUUAAGAGGAUGGGGUGAGUGAGUACCCUUGAAUGGAUAUUUUGCAUGAAAUCAGUGUUGUGUCCAUGAAGCCUGGUCAGAGGCAGUGGCAGAGUACGAGUAAGAGAUGGUCCUGUGCAUAGAAGGCAGCACAAAGAAAAUGCACUUAUCCUCACGGAGUGCAGAAGAUCACUAACUUUCUUUCCGCACUACUGUGCAAUCUGUUUUACUCCAGAUACAGCACUUAGUCUAGCCUGAUAUUUCAAUCUAGACUGACCUCCUUUGCCUGUCUACAGGAUGAAGCACUGCCAUCAGCACCUUCAGAUGCCUGUGAGCAAAGUUGGGAUACAUCUUGCGUUUCUUAAGCUAUGUCGUCAAUGAUAACACAGCACCAUCGUGCGAAGGGCAGUGUCUGAAGUGGUGUGUAGCGGGACAUUAAAUAUGAACCAAUGAUGCAACGAUGGAAAGUUUUGUAAGCACUACCACCUCUGCUGCCUCAGGAUCACAUGCAAAGGAUAUUGUAGAGUGUAAGGAAACAUAAUUAAUUAGGUGAAAGUGGUAGCUUAUGAGAGAAAAGUUGCUGCGAGCCUUGGAGUGAGUGCCACGAAUCACACACGGAAAAGCAUUUCAGCUCAAAAAUGCAGGUAAAAAAGACAAAAGAGGACUAAGACAGACUAUCAAGUGCUGCAAAAUAAUUCCAUAAGUAGCUGCUUAUUUUGCAUUGAGUGAUUUUCCAACAAAGUAUUUGGCAGCCCAUUCUGAAAGUCAGACAGUUGGCCUAAAAAUGCUUUCUGUAGUUACACUGAAAGCACAAUUUUAUACUGUGACAGGUUAUUAUAAUGCCCUUUCUCUAAGACAGAGGUCGUCCCUACAGUAAAUCAUGGCAGCAGUGGAUAGUUUCCAAUUACUGUACAGACAAAUUGCCAGGACAUGUAACACCUACAUAGAAGCACUAGCUUUUGUGGGAGCAUGGUAUGUGACAAGGAAGACCAUCUGCCUCAUCUGUGAUUUCUACAACAUAGUCCGACUUCAUUUUAUCCCAAGGCUGGUAAGCAGAAGAGACCUGAUGAAACACUUCGGCAAAUGGGCCUUGGUGACUGGUGGAGCAGAUGGGAUUGGCAAGGCUUAUGCUGAGGAGUUGGCUAGCCAAGGCAUUAAUUUGAUUCUCAUUAGCCAUAACCGAAGCAAGCUGGAAUCUACAGCCACCGCCAUUUCAGACACGUUUAAUGUUGAAACCAUUGUAAUAGAAGCUGAUUUUACCAGAGGACGAGAAAUAUACCAGCCAAUCCGAGAAGCUCUAAAAGAUAAAGAAAUAGGCAUCCUGGUGAAUAGUGUUGAUGUGCCUUAUGAGCAUCCACGAUCUUUCUUAAGUAUAUCUGAGGACAAACUCUGGGAUCUCAUAAAUGUAAAUAUUGCUGCAACCAACAUGAUGAUCCAUAUUUUGUUACCCGGAAUGAUACAGAGAAAAAAAGGAGCUAUUGUUAACAUUUCAUCAGGGUCUUGCUGUAAGCCCAUACCACAGAUGGCUAUGUAUUCAAGCACUAAGAUGUAUUUGGAUCAUUUUAGUAGAGCUUUGCACUUUGAAUGUGCAUCUAAAGGAAUUUUUGUUCAAAGCUUGUUGCCAUUUCAUGUAAAAACCAACACACCCACACGCACUGAUGGAUUCUGCAUCAACACAUGGCUAGCACCAUCAGCGAAUGUUUACGCACAUCAUGCAAUUUCAACCCUUGGAGUAUCCCACAGGACGUCUGGUUACUGGAUGCAUUCUAUACAGUUUUUAUUUGCCCAGUACAUGCCUGAAUGGCUAUGGGUAUGGGGAGUAACUCUGAUGAACACCAGUUUGUGCAGAAAGGCAGCACAUGAAUCAUAACCCAAAGACAUGCUGGCAGGACAGCAAAUCAUAAGUGUGUGCAGAGCUAUCACCACCCUGUGUCAGCAGGAUUACAUAAUAUACAAUGUUGUUUGUGACUAUAAAAAUAUUUAUUUUGCGAAAAACUUGGUUAACUGGAAGAAACAUGGAUAACGUGAUAUCCUCAUAUCUAUAAAACUCCCAAAAUGGAAAUACUACCUACACCAGUAACCUCAUGGUAUUUUUGUUGCCACUCAUAAUUAACCUGUCCACACAAAUAGUUUAUCCAUACUCUGUGAGGAAACAUUCCAAGGAGUAUUCCUAAACAAAUAUUAAUUCAGUUGUCUAAGUCCCCAGAAUUUGAAUACCUCACCAUAAUUUUUUCAUUGAACAUCAGUAAUUAAAUACUCCAAAGAGAGUUUAAGCCACAGUUAACCAUUAAAAAUAUUGGAGGACUCAUUGUACUUCUUGUCUUCACCUGGUUAUCUGAUUUAAAAUCUAUAUUUUACAUUUGUUUGAAAAUCUGAAGAAUUUACAUAAUCAGGUAUACAUGCUGCUUCUGAAAAAAAAAUGAAUUUUCUAAUUAUAUAUUGUACAUCUCUACUGUAUGUUUAAAUAACUACCAUAUUUAUUAAACCUUAUGUAUUUACAUACAAAACAAAUUAGUUAUUAGGUUAGAAUGUGUUAGCUACACAUGGCUUAUUUGCUGAUUUCAUUUAUUGACUUACAAUGUUUGCCUACAGUCUGCUGUUUUUCUGGACAUCAAAAUGCAUAUAAAAUUCAGAUUUAGUCCAAAAUAUUUACUAAUUCUGUUCAUUAAUUGGGCAAGUUUCAAUAUUGAAGUACAGCUAGACAGUAUUCAUAGGUAUUGCAUGACUUUUGUAGUAUAGUGAAUAUUGAAUAUAAGCAUUUCAUGCUCUUUAGGUCACUUUUAUAGCAAAAAAAAUUUGGUUUGUUACAUUAUUGUAACCUAUUGAGUGAGAUAUGUCCUUCAACGCCCAUUUGAUCACAUCCAGCUGGAAUACUAGGCUUCUCAUACUACUUAUAGCAUUGUUGUAGGCAAAUAUUUGCUUGUGCUAAUUUAAGUUUUACCAAGUAGAAUUUCAGUGUUGCUUAAAAGUAGUGUGAGGUAAGAUGUUCUAAUUAUGGUGUAAGGUUUUAUGGUCCUUUUUUUUUCGUAUGAUCUGUAACUAUUAUUGAAGAAUGUCUGAUGUGGCCUUUAUAGCAAAUAACUGGAAUAUAUUAAAAUGUACUUUGAGUCAAAA